GUGUGAAGUUUUCUUUAGAUUUUUUAUGUAAUUUCUCUUGGUUGACAGAUAUAACGUUUGUGACUAAAUCUGUGUAUCUUGGUGAAGAAGUCAACAUCACCUGUCAGAUCCCAGAGGAACAUAAAGUUAAUUUGUGCAAAGAGCUUGAUGAUCACAUCUGCCAAACCAUCAUCUCAUCUAAAGUGAGAGAAAUGAGUGGUUCAUCAGAGAGAAAUGAAGAGAGAGUUGUUACAGUGAGCAUCAGUAAUGUGAGUGUGAGAGAUGCUGGAGUUUACUGGUGUGUAGCAGAAACCAGAGACACAUAUCUGACUUUCAUCUCCCUGAACACUAAAAUUCAGCUCAACCUCAUCAUGCCUCCAGUAGUGAGACAUGAAGGAGAAUCUGCUGAGAUCAUCUGCCCUUAUGAUUCAAUCUAUAAAUCAAAGCCAAAGCCUCUCUGUAAGGGGAAGUGCUCCACUAGAGACAGAAAUCCUCUCAGUGAGACUGUGAGAGAAGAGAAAGAGACCAAGACUGGCAGAUUGACUCUGAAUGAUGACGUCACUGCAGGUGUCUUCACUGGGACCAUCACUGGACUGACAGCAGAGGAUGCUGGGAAAUACUGGUGUGCAGUGACAUUAGAAACAGAGCUCAAUUAUCUUUACACUCAUCUGAUCGUCAUCAUGAACGAGGAUUUCUCCGUGAUCAUCAUUAUUAGUGUGUGUGUGAUUCUGCUGCUGAUCGCUGGAUUCACUCUGACUGUGUGCAAAUUAAGACACAAGAGACGAGGUGACACUCACUCACAGUUACCCACAAUCCCCUCUGAUGAGCUCCUGUACACUGCUGUCAGUUUCCAGAAGCAUGAAGAAUCUCUCAGUGAAGCUACAGUUAGAUUCAGUGAGGAUGAGAUUUACACCACGGUCAUUUACCACACAGGACUCAACUAACUCACUAUAACAGAGAACACAGAUCAUCACACGAUACUAUUGGUAUUAAUGCAGACGUGCUGCGGUGUCGAAUCAUGAGACACUUUAAAGUUUCCAUCACUGCUCAUGUUGCUUCUUUCACAUGUUUAAAAUAGUCUGUCAUGUUAGUUUUUGUCAGGUUACAAUG